UAAAGUUAGGCUGGUUUUAGGGUUCUUGGGCUCAUGGGACUUUCACUAGCGGUGGGCAUUCCCGCGGCGCUCAUCCUCGCGGUGGGGGCGGCAUUGCUCGGCGUCGUCAGCAACCGGAUCUUCCUCCUCCCUCUCCUCCACACGUCGCUCAUCGGAUUCACUGUAGCGCUCUUCUCCCACCCGCGCAUCGAUAAUCCGCGCAUCCUCGCCAAAUCCUCGCGCGGCUCCUUCCCGAUCUGGAGCUCUUUCCUCUUCUAUCCCUACCUCGCCGGUACGCGGCUCUACGUCCGAUUCCGCCGGCGCGCGGGGCUCGAGGCCACCUACACGGAGGUUUGCGAUGGAUUGUUCGUGGGCGCGUGGCCGUUCCAGCGCGAGCACAUCCCUCCGGGCAAUCCCGCGAUUUUGGAUUGCACCAACGAGCUGCCCAGGACGGUGGGAUUGGAGCUUCCCUAUCUGUGCGUCCCGGCCUGGGAUACCAGAGCGCUAUCGCCAGAGAGCAUUGAGCUAGCCGUGCGCUGGGCUCUCGUCCAGCGCUCCCAGAGCCAUCCUGUUUUCAUCCACUGUGCCAAAGGUCAUGGGCGUAGUGUGGCUGUUAUGUGUGCGCUGCUGGUGGCACUGGGCGUGGUGGACGAUUGGAAGGAAGGCGAGAGUCUGAUCAAGCGACACCGCCCAAAGAUCAGUGUCAACUCCGCUCACCGAAAGUCUCUUCAAGAAUGGCAGCGUGCGCGUUCUUGAAGAGAUUCGUGUAUGUAUAGAGAAGGGCUUCUUUAUAUUGUCGAUUCGAAAGCGGAGCUAAUUAAUACGUUUUUUCUUACAUCGGCUGGAGUUUCAAAGAAUUACUGGAAGGCUAAGACGGACCAGUGGCACCAGGAGCCGAUCGCGCAGAAUGCCAUGGAUCUGAUCAGCACCACAGGCUCUCAAGGGUGCCAAUUGCGUGGAAGUCUGGUCAGGGAUCUAUCUUCGCUGGGGCAUCUGGAAACGUCCAACCACGUCGAUCUAGUGUGAGCGAUAACGAAGGAGAGGAGCAUCGUCUCCAUUGCUUCAGACAUGCUCUACAGGCAUGUCACACAUAGACGCGAAGAGCUAAACAUUGCAGAACUUAGUGCCACUAAGUUAGUACAUUGUAUGUAGCAUUUGUGCUACAUGUUUUUAAGGGUCA